AUGACACAACAAUUGACAAAACAAAAGAAUCGAGCUGAUCCUCAUAAACAUGAAAACUUGAAACAGACAGAUAGUAAAUCGAAACGGAAGAAUCGGGCUGAUCCUGAUAAACAUGAAAACUUGAAACAGACAGAUAGUAAAUCGAAACGGAGGAAUCGAGCUGAUCCUCAUAAACAUGAAAACUUGAAACAGAUAGAUGGUAAUUCGAAACGGAAGAAUCGAGCUGAUCCUGAUAAACAUAAAAACUUGAAACAGACAGAUAGUACAUCAAAGCGGAAGAAUCGAGCUGAUCCUGAUAAACAUGAAAACCUGAAACAGACAGAUAGUACGUCAAAGCGGAAAAAUCGAGCUGAUCCUGAUAAACAUGAAAAUCUGAAACAGACAGAUAGUAAGUCAAAACGGAAAACUCGAGCUGAUCCUGAUAAACAUGAAAAUCUGAAACAGACAGAAAAUAGUACGUCAAAACGGAAAAAUCGAGCUGAUCCUGAUAAACAUGAAAAUCUGAAACAGACAGAUAGUAAGUCAAAACGGAAAAAUCAAGCUGAUCCUGAUAAACAUCAGAAACAGAAACAGAUAGAUAAUAACUCGAAACGGAAGAAUAGGGUUGAUCCUGAUAAACACGACAAUCAGAAACAGACAGAUAGAAAGUCAAAAAGAAAGAAUAGAGCUGAUCCUGAUAAACAUCAGAAACAGAAACAAACUGACAAUAAGUCAAAACAGAAAAAUAGAUCUGUCACAUCUUUUCAAGAAGCUAUUGAACAGUUUAGAAACAAGUGUUCUCAAAUGCCAGUUUUUACAUGCUGUGUUUGCAACCGGCUUCUGUUUCGCCAACAAGUAAAGUGCUGUAAUAUACUGAAAUUUCCAAACAAAGAACUUAUACUAUGUUGCAUAUAUGCCAAUAACAUGCACAAACCUCAAACAACAUGUAAAGAAGAUUGUAAACAGUGUCCAAAGUGGAUAUGUUUCAUCUGUAACCACCACCUUAUGAAAAAUAAUAUUCCGAAUCAAUCCUCUCUCAACCAUUUAAACUUGGAUAAACAGCCAAACUGCUUACAAACUUUAAACAAUUUAGAGAAACAUUUAGUAUCAUCAGUAAUUCCUUUUAUGAAGAUCGUUUCAUUGCCUAAAGGUAGUCAGAAGGGAAUACAUGGUCCAGUUGUUUGUGUGCCAUCAAAUAUUUCAAGUACUGUUCAAACGCUACCACGCCAGUUUACAGACAGUACAAUUAUUACAGUGAAAUUGAAAAGGAAGUUAGAAUAUAAGGGCCACCACCUUUACCAGCAAGUUUCUGUGAACAAAAUACACGAAGCUCUACUGUACCUAAAGCAGAAGAGUCCACAUUUCUCUGGCAUUGAUAUAGAAAUGACUAAUGUUACAUCCACAACAGAACCUAUACUUGCACCCCCUGAUGUUCCUGUUACAGUGACACAUCCAGAAACAAUCAGUACUCCAACAACACAACAAAACUCUCAACAUGAGCCUGCCAUCAAUUCUGUUUCCCUUAACUUCUUUUAUCUUGCAGAUUCAGAUGACAUCAGUGAUGACAUCCAUGAAACUUCAGCCCCUAUGGUAUCCUGUCUAGAGCCAGAAGAUUUAACUCAAACUUUAGGACCUGAAGAAACACCAGAUUCAGUUUUCUGUGUUGCAUCUGGCCAAGGAUUCCUGCCAAUGACUGUUUUUAACAUGGAAUCUCAGGCAUUUCCAUAUUUGUUCCCCACAGGCAAAAACACCUUCAGUCAAAGUAGAAACAUAAAGCUUGGACUCAAUCGAUACUUCAACAAUCGAUUGUUCAGUGCUGAUUCACGAUUCGCUAGUGACCCACAGUAUAUCUUUUACAGCCAAUAUGUGUCUGAAUUGAACACAAUUAAUAGCUCUGUCUCAAUAGCUAUGCGGAAAAGUUCUUCCACUACAUUUGAUCAACAGCACCUUACAGCCACCCAGCUGAGAGAUCCUGAAACAAGGAAGCAGAUACUCUCUUCUGAUAAAUGUUAUCAAUUCCUGUCUACAUCUCGAGGCUCACCUCCAUACUGGGAGAAAACUUUGAAAGACUUAUUUGCUAUGGUGAAACAAUUUAACAAUCCAACAUGUUUCUGCAGUUUCUCAGCUGCUGAUAGACGCUGGCCUGAGAUUGUAACAGCUAUUUGCACACAGCAAGGUAAACCUGUUCCGGAAGAUUUAGACUGGCCUACAUACACAAACAUAAUUAACAGUAACCCAGUGACUGCAUGCCGCAUGUUCCAAAAUCGUGUCCUGUCUUUCAUUACAGACCUCAUUCUCUCCCUAGUACAGCCUAUUGGAGAAGUGUCAGAUUUCUUCUACAGAACUGAAUUCCAAAGUAGAGGAUGGCCACAUAUUCACUGCUUAUUUUGGUGUUCUGAUGCCCCUUCGUUCGAUCCAAACACUAGCAAUAAUGAAGACUUCAUUAAUUAUAUUGAUAAGUACAUCACUUGCAACAUUCCUGACCAACAGUCAGAUCCAGAAUUGUUUGAAAUAGUUACAAGUGUCCAGAUGCACUCAAAAAGGCACUCGAAAUCAUGCAGAAAAGGAAGCAAGCAGUGCAGAUUCAACUUCCCUCGGCCAGUUUCUUUAAACACUUUUAUUGCUGUACCAACAGAUGCUCCUGAUAACAUUCCACUAGGAACAUACAAAAAAGCUGCAACCAACACCUUGUCAGCUGUUUGGGAUAUGAUCAACUCUUCCCAGGAAGAAGAUACUCAAGUAACAGUGUCUGCCAUAUUUGAAGCUGUCAAUAUUACUCCAGAUCAAUAUCGAGCUGCUCACUGCGCCUUGGCAACAAAAAAUACUGUUGUUUUCAAGAGGAACAUUACUGAAUGCUGGGUUAACCCAUAUAACAGUCACUUACUAAGAGCAUGGAAUGGGAACAUGGAUAUCCAACCAGUUCUAGAUGUGUAUAGUUGCAUCAUGUACAUUGUCAGUUAUAUUUCAAAAGCUGAAAGAGAACUCGGAGACCUGCUUAGAAAUGCCCAAAAAGAAGCAAACGAAGGACAUCUUGAACCUGUUAAGCAACUCAGAAAAUUGGGUAAUGUUUACCUAAACUCCCGAGAGGUCAGCAUCAUGGAGGCAGUUUAUCGUGUUACUGGAAUGCAUCUCAAGCAAUCUUCACGCCAAGUCUUCAUUCCUGUAGACAGACAUUCAAUCAAACUAAGCAAACCACUGAAAUACUUAAGAGAACAAGAUGAAAAUAUAUGGAUGACCAGCUUGACUGACCGAUACCUUGCCAGGCCCACAUCAUCUGACUUUGAACAGAUAUGCCUUGCCAAAUUUGCUCGUGACUAUUGCAUAAAGGACAGAACUAAUCAGAACACUGAUCAUCUCCCUGAACAGUCCACAAACACUGCUGAAUCUAAUGUCUACACAUUACAAAAUAAUUUGGGCACCAUCAUGAAAAGGAAAAAACCUGCAGUCAUUAGAUACAUGAAAGUGAACAAGGACAAAAAAUCUGAAGAUUAUUACCACAACAUCUUGAGACUUUACUUCCCUCACCGUUCCAAAGAACUGAAGCCUAUCAACUUUGAAACUUUUGAAGAAAUGUUUCAACAACUGUCACCUAUUCUGCUACCAAUGAUAGCACAAUUUGAAAAACUUUCACAAGAUCUUGAUGAAGCUUGGAGGUCGCUACAAGAACGCGGUUUCCCUGAGGAUGCCUGGGCAGAUGUAGCGCCAAAUCAAGAACCAUCCAGACGUGAAGACGACGAAGAAUUGCAAAAUGCACUGAGGCUUUUUAAAGAUAAUGCUCAAGAAAAACCGGAAGAAGACAUACCAGACUUUUCUCCAAACCACACAGCUGCUACUUCCACUUACCACAUUGAUUCCCAACAUGCUCCUUCAAAUUCUCAUAUAGAACAAAGGAACAGACUUAGAAAUAUCAAUCAUCAACAGGCUCAGAUCUUUCACUUCGUAAGGACAUGGGCACGCAUAAAAGAACAUGGUGACAAUGUAAAACCUUUCUACAUUUUCUUAACUGGAGGAGCAGGUACCGGGAAAUCAUUCACCAUUAAAUCUAUUUAUCAUGAAGUCAAUAGAACCUUCACCAGACCAAGUGGAAAUCCAGACUUGCCUGUCGUAUUACUAGUUUCCUAUACAGGCACAGCCGCGUUCAACAUUAAUGGUCAGACAAUUCAUUCUGCCUUCUCCAUUAAUAGAGGAAUGUCAAAAGUAUUACCAGAAGAUUCUGCGAACACAUUACGAUCAAACCUUCAAGACCUCCAACUCUUGAUCAUCGAUGAGGUAUCUAUGUUUCCCGCAGACCUUCUGAAUUUAAUACAUUGUAGACUUCAGCAGAUAAAACAGCCGUUUUCGUCAUCUGCUUACUUUGAGGCAGUAGAUAUGUGUCAUGAUAGUAAAACACAAAAGACUUUCAAACGAAAUCAGCCACUUGAUGUAAAAAACACAAACUUGCGUGCAAACAUCAUUAUUUGUUGUGGAGCUAGAGUGAUGCUUACCAUGAAUAUCGAUGUAGCUGAUGGACUUACCAAUGGUGCAAUGGGAACAGUCACAUCUGUCAUUACACAAACCUGUCCCCUAGGACUACCUGAUGCAGUUUGUGUCUUGUUCCAAGAAGAAAGAGUUGGACUUAAGUCAAGAACAUCUGUAAAACCUCCUCAAAAUGUUGACAGAUCUUCAACAGUUAUAGUGCCUCAAACAGAACUUAUUCAAAGCCGACCCUUCCAGGUUACUAGACACCAAUAUCCUUUAAUGCUUGCUUGGGCUGUUACAACCCAUAAAAAUUCAAGGCGCUACUACUGA